AACAUGCCCUGUCUCCAAACAAUUCCAGCGGUCGCUUUAGAAUCGCCGGCAGAUUUGGAAGUCUUGCGGCCAGUAUUCAUGAUGCAACCCUACAAGGCUACAAUGUCAAAAUCCCCAUACCUGAUACCUCUCAUCUUUCCGGUCCUCGCAACAACAAGCAAGCAUAGCUUUGUUCCUUGAAGAAGAUGAACCGCAUGAGGAGGAUCGCGGGGAUGGGCAAGAGCAAGAAGGCCCCGUCCGCGGUUCAGAAGGACAAGGACGAGAGCAUAGUUUUCUUCCGGGAGCUGUACAAGCAUGAGGAAGAUACGGAUGUGAACCUCCUGGAGCCGAUCUACUCCGUGGAGUUCGACGCCAUCCAAGGUGGUCACAUGUCCAAGCCUCCCUCGGGGAAGAGAGAUCUCCUCAUGCCGAUCAUCGAGAAGCACGACUAUGACUGGCCCAAGACCCCUCCGGUUGCACCAAUGUUUCCUUCCCUCAAGAUGGAAGCCAGCUCCUCCGAAACGGUGGUUGCCCCUAAGGUGACACCCAUCCCGAUCACGCAACCUGUCAAACCUUCAGCUUCAAGGUUCAUUGGCAAGACUGAGGCGACCAAAACAUCAGCCAAGACUCCGGCAGGUUCUUCGUCAAGCAACUCUGCCAAGAGCCAGCCUUGCACGACCGACAGGAGACCAGCUUCAGCUUACGCUACUCUGCCCAACAGGCAGCAGAAAUCAGAUGCCAAAGCCAAUACUGGCACAAGCAGCAACUCAGGCAAGGAACACUCGCACACGUACUACGCAAAUGCAAGCCAGGACAGCAGCAGCAGCAGUGCAAGUACAACCAACACGGUGGAGACGCCAGGAGAAGCCCCUUACACGGCGCCCAAGAAUCUGCUCACGACUGGGUCUAUUUUCGCACGGCGCAGGGCAUCAGCAACGGCAGUGGCGACAGCUCCACCAUUGGGCGUGGACACCAAAGUCGAGAGCGCGAAGGCGAGGAGGCCACCGUCUUCUGCGGCAAGAGCUUCCAAGGAGCUGCAGGUAGAUGCCAGGAAGAAUGCUUUACCAGCCAAGGGCAAGGCUGUGGCCGGCACCGGCAGCGAGCCUGUUUGCAACAGCAGUGGCCGUGCCAGCACCAGCAAGACCGCACCAGCAAAGGGAAUGCGAAGAACAGAUGGCAAGAACGAGCGGAGACCAAAGUUUGCAGACCAGUGAAGAACAAACCUAUCAGUUGACAUGUAGUAUAUAUGUUUGCAAAAGCGACGAUUCGAACAACUAUAAAAAUUUGCUCCUCCCACUGAAGACUUCUUUCUGUUGA